AGAACUCAAGUACCUGACUUUUCAUAGAUUUAAGUAUAAUCUGCCACCAUCAUGUUCUUUAUGGAAAUUGAAUACAUAUUUUAUGAUAGAUUUCAAAUUUGAAGUAAACUAAACCUACAAAUAAAUACAUCCGUUCGUUAUGUAUAAUAAUAAUAAUAUUAAAGUAUCAACAGCUAGCAAUAUAAAUGUAGAAACAGCCUGUCAUCAACUGUCACUGUCAACUUAAAAUUACCAAAGAAAGUAUAAAAUACCUACCUACCUAGGUAGGUACAUAAAUAUAACAGUUUAAACCUUAAAUCUGAGUUUGAUACUUUUUCCCUAACAUAUAGAUUCAAUAUAGAAUUGACCUAUUUCCCGUUUAUGAAAUAGACAUAGACGUCUUAAAAUUCAAAAUGAAUCCGAUGUCAAUGGACCGAGAUGAACCUUCCUCAUUGUUAUCAUUUUCCUCCAAUCACCCUCUAGAACAGUUUGUCCUUUUAGCAAAGGGAGCUAAAGGUUCUGCGUGCGCUGAACUCAUCAAACAGGUUCUGGAGGCUCCAGGAGUGCAUGUUUUCGGCGAGCUAUUAGAGAUGCCAAAUAUUAAAGAGCUGGAGAGUGGACCUUAUGCAACUCAUUUAAAAACUCUUAAUUUGUUUGCCUAUGGCACAUAUAAGGACUACAUUGAGAACAAAUCGGACUAUUUAGAAUUAACCACAGUCCAGUGCAAGAAAUUACAGCAUCUGACCAUUGCAACACUUGCAACACAAGAGAAAUGUAUCCCUUACAGUGUGUUACUUGAGGAAUUGGAUAUUAAAAAUGUUAGAGAUUUAGAAGAUCUUAUCAUUGAAGCUAUUUAUGCAGACAUAAUUCACGGCAAGUUGGACCAGGAAUGUAAACGUGUGGAAGUGGACGUGGCCCUUGGCAGAGAUGCGCGGCUUGAAGAUGCAGCUUCCAUUGCUGAUGUCCUGGCCGACUGGUGCAAUGCUUGUGAAGCAGUACUCAAUUCUGUAGAUCAACACAUACAGAGAGCUAAUCAUCAGAAACAGAAGGCUAUCAGACAUCAGCAGGGUAUAGAACAGAAGAUUUUAUACAUAAAGAAGACGUUGAAGACUCAAGCAGAGAAUGAUGAGUCAGCGUCAGGUGCCAAUGCCGAGCCUCACUCAGCACCCAAAAAGAAUUCGAGCAAAAGCAAGACUGCACGUAACUCUGCCAAAUUCUGGCAGAAGAGCACAUAAUUGAAAAACAGAUUGAAUUGUAUUUUUAACCUUGUGAUAAUUUUUGAAAUAAUAAAUAUGUUGUAAGUGUAUCGUA